GAAAAUUCAAAUGAUGUGGAUGUUGAAGAUCGGACCUGGAAUGUGCCUAGACCAUUGAUGAACCACUUUAAAACCUACCUUAAUCCUUCACAAUUAGAUGCCAUACACGUCUUUCACGUAGAUCCUUUGUUCUCAUUCAGGGUCCGCCAGGAACAGGAAAAACACAAACAAUUCUGGGACUUCUUAGCGCCGUUCUUCAUUCAGCUCCUGCAAGAGUGCAAUCUAAAAGUGGAUUACCUGCUGGAAAACAUAGAGCAGAACUUCAAAUUGAGGACAGGUAUUCUCAGUGGACUAAAGCAUCUCCUUGGCUGGUUGGUGGAAACCCAAGAGAUUUUAUUAUGCCCGUUGAUGGUGAUGAUGGUUUCUUUCCUACUGGAAAUGAAUUGAAACCUGAAGUUAUAAGUUCUAACCGGAAAUAUCGGGUUCAUGUGUUGGUCUGUGCCCCAUCCAACUCUGCACUUGAUGAGAUAGUGUUGCGCGUUCUACGAACAGGUAUUCAUGAUGAAAAUGACCAUGUGUAUAACCCAAAAAUUGUGCGGAUAGGCCUAAAGCCUCACCAUUCUGUGCGAGCUGUAUCAAUGGAUUACCUUGUAGAGCAAAAACUUGCUGGUGUGGAUCGCUUGGCUGGCAAUGUGAAACAAGGAUCUGGAGGAGCCUAUCGGGAGCGGAUCCGUGCUUCGAUUCUUGAUGAAGCAGCAAUUGUUUUUUCAACUCUCAGUUUCAGUGGAUCGUCUCUUUUCAGCAGAAUGAAUCGCGUGUUCGAUGUAGUUAUAAUUGAUGAAGCUGCACAAGCUGUGGAACCGGCAACUCUUGUACCUUUGGUGCAUGGAUGUAGACAAGUUUUUCUUGUAGGUGACCCAGUUCAGUUGCCGGCAACUGUUAUUUCUCCAACUGCUGGGAAAUUUGGAUAUGGAACAAGUUUGUUCAAAAGGUUCCAGGAAGCUGGAUUUCCUGUACAGAUGCUCAAUGUUCAAUAUCGCAUGCAUCCGAAGAUCAGUAUAUUCCCCUCAAAAGAAUUCUACGGUGGUUCUUUGCAAGAUGGAGACUCAGUAGACAGAAAAUGCUCGUGGCAUGAAUACUGCUGCUUUGGUCCUUUCUGUUUUUUCGACAUAAAAGGGGCUGAGACUCAGCCAUCGGGAAGUGGGUCUUGGGUGAAUGAGCAAGAGGUUGAAUUUAUAGUUGCCUUAUACUAUAAGUUGGCAACACUUUAUCCAGAGCUUCGAUCCAGUUCUUUAGUAGCGAUUAUAUCGCCUUAUAGGUACCAGGUGAAGCUUCUAAGGGAGUAUUUCAGGGCUACUUUUGGGGAGCAGUCUGAUCAGGUUGUGGAUAUUAAUACUGUUGAUGGAUUCCAAGGAAGGGAAAAGGAGGUGGUCAUCUUUUCAUGUGUCAGAGCAAACGAGGGGAAAGGGAUUGGAUUUGUUUCUGAUUUUCGACGUAUGAAUGUCGGCAUCACGAGAGCAAGAUCAGCUGUGUUGGUUGUUGGUUCUGCUUCUACUUUGGUACAAGAUGAUCACUGGGGCAACCUAGUUAAAAGUGCAAAAGAUGAUAAUUGUUUUUUCGAGGUCCCAAAGCCUUUUGCUGCAUUCUUCAGCGACGAUAAGUUGGAGGCAAUGCGAGUGAAGAAACAGCGAGAAGGCAAAGAAAGAGAGGAUUGGACGGCGGAUGAAGAAAUGGCGAGAGUGGAGAACAUGGCCGUCGAUCAUGGCGCGGAUGACGCAGAUGAUGGGAUGGCAGAUGACGGCAUGGAUGUCGAUGGAGGAUACGAUGAGUAAAAAUUGAAAAGCUCAUAUUCCAUUGAGUUCUUCUUUAUACAUAGAGGGUUGGUAAAAGUGAAUGCUAACUUGUGAUGAAGACAAUUGUUACAAAAUAUAUAAAAUUCGAAAUUCGCAAAUGAAGGAUAAAAGAGGAGAGGGAAGUACUUUUCUUUUUUCCAUUUUGAGGGAAUUUGAGUUCAAUUUUGUAGAGAUUGCUUGGAAUUAGUAAUUUAUUUUGUAGAGAUAUCUUUUUUUUUUU